CAGCCACAGAGUGAGAGCUCUUCACUUCCGCCCUCCCUGUCACUUGAGGUAGAGGUUCGUGGGUUAAAGGUUAUACAUGCUGCUCCACAUGUGUUAUUGUUGUGUUAAGCUAAUUUGUAAUGCAUUGAAAUAAACUACAGUAACAUGGGGAAGAAUAAGAAGAACAGAACUAACCAGUCAGGAAAGCAAGCGGACAAGGCCGGACAACGUCCAAGUGAUAAGCUCAAACGAGAUGGUAACGUUAAACCCCAAAAAGCCAAACCAGACCACCUCAAAGACAUCCCCUUUAGGCUCCGAGAGAUAAUGAAGAGCAAGGAGAGAAUGAAAACGGGACCCUUGAGGGCCAAAAAACUAAAAAAGGCCAUCUCCCCUAAAGGUAAACCAGAGGAUUCCCAGUGUGGAGACAUACCGGUCCCACAUUUCAGGAGGGGAAAGGAGGAAAGUGAAAAAGCAUACCUGCGGCGCAUGGAGAAUGAGACAAAACACAUCCUCUUCCUCACCAGGAAUCAAGUAGAGAGAAAGCCUGAACUGGAUGCAGACAAACAAGAGAGGCCAGCAGACAAGAGCAAGUCUGAGAAAAAGAAGGAGUAUGAUAAAGUCAGAUUACAGAGGCUACAUCAGAAAAAGUUGGACAGACAAGAGGCCAAGAUGGAAAAAGAGAUGUUUAUAGAUAAUGUUCCCUUUGGUGAAGUUUCAAUGGCCCCGCCGUCUUUGAGCACCAAACCCAAGAAAGCUCCCGUCAAAUCUCAGAAGGCAUCAAGGGACCUGCUUCUCAACUCUCUCCUGGGCCACACUGAGGCCUCCACAACCAAGCCCUCCAUGGCCAGACAGAGAAUCGUGGAGGAAGAGAGGGAGCGAGCAGUGGAGGCCUACCGUUAUCUUAAGAAACAGAAACAGCUGCAACACGAGGCCAGGGCUGCCAGUCUGGAAAAACUCAAGAACCUUCAGUGAUGUUUCAUGUCAAAGAAUUAUAAGUCCCCGACUUCAGUCCCCAGUGAAGUCCAGAAACUGACUCAGAUUGUAAGAUAACCAUCAGCCGACUGUAUUAUGUAACUCUGGAACUGAUAGGCCAGCGGCGGAGCUUACCACAAAGUAGCUAAUUGUCAGGGAAAGAAGCAAACAUUUGCAUCCACAGGCCACAGUUUGAGGUAAGUAGUUAUCAACAUUCACCUGCCAAUUUCAGUAUCAUAUUUAGCAAAAAAUAAAACAGGACAUUCAGAUUGUUAAUGCCUGUUUAAAUGUCUUAUAAACAAGACAAACUGAUCACCCCUAACUAAAUACAUCCAGACAUGUGACUUUCUCACCCUUGUAACUGUGUUGGUGCUCAUUUGUAUUUACACUGUUUUCAUAUUUGUAUCUUUAGGUAAGCACUAUGACAUCAUUUGUGUUAUGGUAGACAAUAAAAUCAUUAAGGUUUUCUCAAGGAAAA